AUGAUGUUUAAGUUGUUGGAAUACGUGCUUGGGACAGCUUUGUGCUAUCUAGUUGACAUAGUCGUCAUCAUCAUUGAACUGGUCUCCAAACCUUGGAAAUGGCUGAUGAAAACUCGAAACGACAAAGACGGCGAUGAAAAGCCAAGAUCAAGGUACCACGAAUAUCGAGUUAGACUUGAUGCCGAACAAGAGAGGCAUGCAAAAGAGUUGUUCGCCAUUCGUCGACGCAAAAGGUGCUUACAGGCUAAUCAAAAGCAGGAAGGAAACUUCCUCCGUCUCCGGUUUGAAGACUUCCCACCCGCAGAUCAGACGGACCUCAUAAGGAGAGGAACCGUCGUGCUCGAAGGGCGGGUAAGAAAGAUAGAGGUGCCUACCUCAUUCAAAGACAUACCGCUUGCAGAGCAAUUGGAGAGGUACCACGACAAGAUCAAACUCGAUGACGAAGAAACGAAGCAUGCAGUACAGUUGGUUAGCAUCUUCAUCGGAGCCAUAACGGACUGUGUUAUUGCAGAAAUAGACUACGAGAAGCCACUGAAGGCCAGACCUUCCCGGAUAGAGUACACAGGCAGCAUGUACGAGGGCACGAAAGUUCAUCGACCAGACGAGUUUGACAUCAUGGUUGUGAUUGACGUCUCAGAAGAAGUCAAGAGCGAAGAGAUGACUCCCGGCUACGCAAGGUUCCAAUCAAAGAAGGACAUAUUUGACUGCUUGAGAACCGUCCCUCGGUUCUUUCAUUGUUUGCAAUUAUUGACGGUACCAGAAGACUUCUCCCACUCAGAUUUUGUCCCGACAUUGUCCCCUACAAAGACGAUGGACUGGUUCCAUGGACUUGUGCAGAGAGGUGUCAAUGGGGUAUCAAAGCAGGACUGGGGCCCUGUUAAAUUGUAUCUUUCUCGCCACGGACCAGCUGUAAAGGUGAACAUUGUGAAAGAAGGGACUGAUCUGCACAUCGCCGUAGACCUGGUGGUUUCCUUAUCCAACAUCGACGGGACCAAUGAGUAUCGACGAGAGUGCCUCCGGAUCUUGAAGAGCAUCUUCGAGAAGAGAACAACGCUGGCUAAAUUCACGUCCUACCACCUGAAGACGGUGCUGCUGCACGAGUGUCGAUCUCAGGGAAACUGGCAAAGGUCAAAGAGAGACGAGCGUUUUAUGGACCUGUUGGAAAGGCGGACCUAG